AUGUAAACUGGGAAUCAAUAGCCUUAGUUUGGGUAAAAAAGUCCUUCAAAAAGUGGGGAAUCAAGGAAUCAGCCACGCUUAAAAUUAUAAUCAAAUGACAAUGGCAUACUCAAGCCUGCCGGCUCAUUCAAUAUUUCUGAAGCACUUCCAUCAAGUAGAGAUGAAACGAGAAAAAGUAACUAUAAUAAUAUUUAAAGUGAAAACACCGCUUCAAACAGCAAUCCAUCUCGCAACAGACCUGUCUAGAGAAUGGUAACUAACAUCCUUGGUCAAUAUUCUGCUGAAACUUCCUCAAUUGUGAAAAACACAACCGUUAAAAGCAAUUAGGAUCCUUCUAACACUGAAUUAAAGCGGAUGAUCAAAAUAAUGAAUAAUCUAACUGACCAUGGAUUGCAAAUCUAUAUUUAACUUCCCAUAUUUCUUGCCACUCUCACAGUCUCUGGUCAAGAUAAAAUAAUUGAAAUUGCAAAUACCUCUUUCUUUACGAUACAUUGUAGACUUUCGAUUCUGAUGAUGAUAUUUUUUGCGGUCUAUUUUACUCUUCUUAACCAUAACCACCUAAAUAAUAAUAAUAUGAUUCUCUUGAGAAGGCUCCGAAAGACAUACACUACAUAAGGGGAGAUUUCUGAAUAACAAAUGCAUAGACUUUUUGCAUACCUAUAAAGUCUGGUAGAUUUGAUUUGCUAAUUCAUUAACUAUCUUUUUUACUUGAAAUCUCUUUUUGUUGAGGAUAAUAAGAAUUUGCAUUAUACUCAGAAAUUCAAGAGACCUCAAUUAUUUAUAUCGCCCGUCACAAACUAAUCUAAUGAUUCCUAGUUUCAAACAUUGGAGGCCAAUUCAAAUAAAGUAAAUGAUGAUAGAAAUAUAGAUAGAUUCAAUAAUAUAACCUUUGCUUCUACAGUUAAUCGCCAAUGCAUAAAUAGCACUGGAAAGCUAAGUUAUGACAAAACCUAGGGUAGAGAUCAAAUAAAUAUGAAACAUUUCACCUUUGCCUAAUCUAUAGAGUCUAAAGAAAAUAAGUCAUUUAAAAAUGAGUCAUCAGAAAUUAACAUAAGUAGCUUGAGUAACCAAAAAGAGAGGCUUUUGUAAAACGAAGAUGAAUUGGUAAGGGAACAGGAAAGUGCUAAGUUCAGCAUGUCAUCUAAUGAUUUUAGUCUUAGAAAAGAAAGAAAUUCUGAAUAAAAAGGCGAUUUUGAGAUUUAUAGCUCCAAAGCUAUUAACUAGAAUGGUUCUAAUUAGAAACUUUACCUAAAGAGUUAAUCCUAGCUUAUCUCUCAUGGUUAAGGCUUAAGCCCAAGUUAAAGAUAUCUUGGAGAUAAAAUAUCAGAGUAAAAUGAAGAUGAGCAAUCGUAAAUCUCUCCCACGAAUUAGGAUGUCAAAGAUCAACCUUAAAAUCUUAGAAGCACACUAAAAUCUUACAACAUUUAAGUUAUCAAUGAUUCUAUCAGCCAAGAGGAAGUUAGAGAUAUCACUGUUCAUCCAGUCCGCAAAAGAAGCAAUAGAAAAUGCUAGCUUAAAGAUCUACACAAGCUUUAAUCACAAGAAUAUUCAAUUGGAUAAUUCCCACCGUCAAUAAUGGAUAAUCAAUACUUAAGGCCAGUAAAUCCAAAUAAUAGCAAAGAAAAACAAAAAACAUUUUAAAUGAUGCAAGUCCAUUCGCAAGGUAGUUUUAAAAGCUAGAAAAGUGGUGCUGGCAAUAAAAUUGACCUCUAAUUUCAAGGAAAAAACCUUAGGUUUAAUAAAAAGAUAUCUUAACAAUUAGUUGAUUUCCCCUUAGAGUCUGCAAGAAGCUCAUUCGUAAGUACUUCAUCUCCAACUUACACCUAAACAUCAUUUUUGAAUGAAAAUUUUGACUUUGGAUUCUUGAAAAAUAACUACAAAAUUACACCAAUUAAUUUCAACCAGAAAAAACCUGGAAAUAUGAAUUAAGAGUUCAUAAUAUCAGAUUAUUAGAAAUUCGAAAUUCGAAAGUCACUAAAUUGGUUAGGUGCAAUGUAUAUGAUUGGAUUUUGGAUCUACAUUUUAAUGAUAAGAGAAUAUUAUUUGCAACAGAAUUUCUUUUUUUAAUACUGUGUUUAUAACUUGAUUUAUUUGAAAAAUAACUUCAUUUUUCAUUCAGAGCUACUAAAAAUCGUAACUUAUGUAAUGUUUUUCUGUACUUUGCAAUAUUAAGUUAAUGAUGAGAAGAUAAGUUUUUAAGAUAAAGUUUUCCAUGUAGUAGUAAAUGGUUUGUUUGUGUACUUAAUGAUAAAUUACCAAUAUAGUUAUAGCAGGAAAUACCAAAUAACAAAAUAAAAAAUUAAUUAGAUCAUUCAAAGUGACAAUCAUUUUAAAAAUCUUGUGUAGCUUAUUCCCUAUGGAAUUGCUGUGCUCAAUUUAGAAGAUGUAUCACAUUAUAACAACCCAUUUGGAAAAGUACUUGGCAUUAAAAAGCAAAAAGAAGUAUUAGGUGCUCUCACCAGAUUCCAAAGGAAGCUAACUUUAAAUGAGAACUCAAGUUAGCAAUAAAAUCUUAAUAAUAUCCAAAAUAGUUAAACCUCAGGAGGAACUAAAAAGAGUAAAUACACUAAUCUUAAAGAGGAUCUCAACUUUAUUCUCAAUAACAAAGAAGCCACAUUUAAGGAAACAGAUCACAUUUUCGAUAUAUUCUUUUUAGACAAAGAAGAAGCAUUUAUAAAAAGAAAUUCCUCAAUCAGAGAAACACCCUCUUCAAUAAAUAAUAGAGCAUAGUCUUACCAUGAUUCACACAAUUCUACAGUGAUAUAGGCCAGAAAGUACUAUAGCAUAUCUAUAUCUCCGAUUGAUUGGAAUGAUAAACCAUGUUUACUAUUAACUAUUAAGGACAUUACUCAUGAGAUGAUUAUUGAUCAGAAAAAGAUAGUAGAUAGACUGAGGAAUAUGAUAUUUAAAAGUUUUUCUCACGAGCUAAAAACUCCUUUGAAUGGUAUAAUUAUGAGUUUGGAUACUUCAAUUAUUCUUUCAAAGAGAAUAAAUCAGUCUAUUGUAAGGAAUUACCAAGGAUGGCAAGAUGAAUCUAUAAAUUAAGGAAAGUAAUUGAGGUUAUCUCUCAAAAUCAUGAAAUCAUGUGCUUAUGUCUUGAAAAAUAUAAUGCAUGAUUUCUUCGAUUACAACUAAUUAUAGAACAAUGAAUUAGUUUUAAACAUUAAAGAAUUUGAUCUCUUAGAAUGUAUUCAUGACAUUGAAAAGAUAGUAAAACACCAAAUCUAAGAUGAUAGAGUAUAAUUUGCAUGCAAGAUAGAAUUCUAAAACACAGGUGGUUUGGUACAGGCUUAAAAUCAAACUAGAGUAUCAAUGGUUGCUGACCGAGACAGACUUCAGCAGAUACUUUUGAAUCUAUUGAUGAAUGCAAUUAAAUUUACAAGUCAGGGGAAAAUUGAGCUGGAAGUUUAUGUUAAGUAAAAUCCUCAAUAUGUUAAGUUUAGAGUCAAGGACACUGGCGUUGGUAUUGAAGAGGAGAGAUUGCCUUAUAUAUUCAAUUUAUUUGAAAAGAAUGAGAAACAAAACAUUUAGAAAUAUCUUUCUACUAAGAGAAAAUCUGCUAGAAUGGGACUUCCUAUCAGUUAAAAUUUAUGCUAGUAAAUGGGUGGAAAAAUCAUUGUGAAAUCAAAGUUAGGAAAUGGAUCAAUCUUCACUUUUGCAUUACCAUUAAAAAAUUAAGACCGUGAAAUUUUUCUGCUCUAGCACAAAAGCACUUCAGACUAUUAAAAUAACAAAGAAAUAUCAGAUUGCUCCAGUGCUAUUUAUCCAGUUUCGCCUUUAGACAUUAGAAAGAGAUGCAGUUUUGAAGAGAAUAAAUUAAAUUUAGAGUAAAAUGGAGAAAAUCCAACUAGAAUCUACCUUGAUAUAAAUUAAAAUAACUGCUUAAUGGAUACACUUGACCAACAAAGAUUUAAAGAUUAAGAUGAUAUUUAAAAUGCCUUCAAACUUGGUCAAAAAAGUUAUAGUAGUAAGCAAGAGUUUAAGAAAAGCAAUUCUAAGGAAUUUUUCAUAGACUCAAAAAAGAAGCUAGGUGCUUUUGAUUUGGUCUUUAAAUCACCCAAUUCUAAGGACCAGAAUUUUAAAUUUCUAUGGAAUAAUUCUCUCAAUGAUGAAUAAGAUGAUACACCUACACCCAAAUUAAUGCACUCGAAUACUAAUAUUGAGUAAGCUGCGAAAUACUAAGAAUUGUAAAAAGAUAUGUUUUCUCCAACUAAAAUAAGGAAAAUGAGGACAGCAAAUAAUAAUAAUACUAAAUCAACUACUGUCAUUAAUGAUAUAUCAACUAGGCAAAACUUGACAAGUAGUUAAGAUGCAAGUAAUUAAAGGAAGGAAUUCUUCACAGUUGAGUAAGUCAGCACAAGCAAAAAUCAGAUAAUUAAUCCUUAAAUUGAUGAAGCUCUAAACUAAGACCAGAAAAAAGAUUCUGAUUCAAAAUAAAAAGAUCAAUACCUUUCACCAGAAGAAGUUUAAUUUAUUCAAUAGAAUUCUAAUUUCAGCUUCUAAAAUUAUCUGAAUUAGAAGAAAAUAACACCAACUAAAGGAAAUAAUGGGAAUAAUACAUAAUCUAAGCCUAAUCGUUAAUUUUCUAUUGGAGCAGAUAAUUAAAGUGAUACUGGCUCUGUCUCGGAUGUAGCUACAAAUUAAAUAAUUUAAAGUCCUUUGACAAACGAACUUUAGAAUUUCAGAAUAAUUGAGACCAUUGAAGAUUCAAAAGAAGAAUAGGAGGAAAAUAAAGACUUCAAAUUAGUAGAAUUCGAUUACAAUGAUAAUUAAAAAAGCUAUGCUUCUAUUCUAGCUCAUGCGAAGAGAAAAAGACUUUCUAAAAGGGUCACAUAAAAAAUGAGCCAACAGCUAAGGAUAGGAGAUCAGACAUUUUCCAACAAGGAUUUUUUAAAAAUUAAGGAUUUUGAAAGCACCUUAAACCAUCAAGAGUUUUAAUUGAAGAUUUAAUCUUAAGAUAUGACACCAAUAGACCUAGAUAGGGAACUUCUUGAUUUUUAAGAUGACUGCUAAGUAGAUUCUGAGAGGUAUGGCUAUUCUCGCUAUGACCCUUCAAGAUAGUUAUAAAAAAAGGCAGCGCAAGUAUUAUUCGACCCUUAGCUUAAAGAUUAGUAAGAAUUCAAGAUAGGACCUGAUUAAAUGCUAAAUAAGCUAGAAGAGUCCGUAAAACCUAAUCAAGUAGAUAAUGAUAGUUCUCCUCAUAUGUCAUUGAUGACUGUUCGAGAUAAGAAUGAUAAAAGUCCUCGGGAAGCAUUUUAAAAUUUGAUAAUCCCCAAAAAGUAAAAAGAUCUAAUGCUCUAACCUCGGGGGAAAUCUGAUGAUAACUACUAGUUUUUACCAUAAAAGCAUUUAAAUUAAAAAUUAGAAGGGGAAAAUAAUACUCUAUCAAGCUAAAAUUUAAGAAGCAACUCAAAUUUUAACAGAAGAAUUACUUGGAUUAAUAACGAGUCAAAUUAUUAAGAAGAACUAAAAAUAGAUGAUUCAAUACUAUUCAAAGAUAACAAUAACCAAGAUUCCGUUUAAAGUUUCUCAAUAAAAGUUGAUAAAUCAUAAAUCAAUUCUUAAAACUCUUCCAAAAAACGUCCAUAGAAAUUCUCAUUCUGGCCUAAUUCAAACGUCGACCUGAUGCUUCCAGGACUUAAUGCUAGAGAUUAAACAGACAUUCAAAUAAGAGAUAAUAAACAAGAUGAAUUCUACUCGUCUCCUCCAAGAUAAAGAGACAACUCUAACUAAUCAUAUAGAAAUUACAAUAACAGUAACUAGAAUAAUCAGAGUAACAUCAUUUUUACUCAUAGUCACCCAGGAACUCCAAUCAAUUCUUAGAUUUAAGAGCAGCCUCCUCAUUAAUGCCCUGUAGUUAUGGUUGUUGAUGAUAUUUAGACUAAUAGAUUUGCUAUUGAACAAAUGCUCUUGCUAAUAUUUGAUAUUAAGAGUUUGCUAGCUUAAAAUGGAUAGGAAGCUAUUAAUAGGAUCAAAGAGUUCUAUAGGCAAAAGACUUGUAACUGUAUUGGUCUUAAGGCAAUCUUAAUGGACUUAGAGAUGCCCGUAAUGAAUGGGAUAGAUGCUACAAUAGAGCUGAGGAGAAUGAUGAGAUAAAAAAAGUUACCUGAAAUUCCUAUUAUUGCAGUGACUGCUUACUUAGAUGAAAGAGAAAACUGUAUCGCCAACGGUAUGAAAGAUUUCAGUAAGUUUCUAUAAAAUUAUUUAACUUAUAUAGUGGUUAAACCUAUUUCUAAGCAAAUGUUGAAGGAAUUUAUAAGGAAAUUUGACAUUGUUUGA